AUGCCGCGCUUGCCCGUGAAGAAGAUCCGGAAGCAGUUCAAACUGCUGCUGCUCCUGGUGCUGCUCACCUCCGCCGUCUGGUUCACUUACCUGCACAUCCACCUGGGCAAGACCAUCAAGCUCCACUUUAACUACGGAAAAGAUGGCGAGAAAGAGACGGAUACGGAACGCCAGCGGGACACCCGUUCCUCUGCCGCCACCGGCCAUCGCCAGAACCGGGACGCCGGCGACAGCGGAGAGGACGACGUGGCGGACGAGCAGCCAAUGACGGCGGCCGACGGCCGAAGCCGCUCCCGCCUCCGCAAGUUUCUUACGGAGCGACACCAGAAAUUACCGUGGAAACCAGAGUUCAAGGGCCAAGUCAACCUUCACGUGUUUGAGGACUGGUGCGGCUCCAGCGUAGCCCAGCUCAGAAAGAACCUCCACUUUCCUCUCUACCCUCAUACGAGAACCACCCUGAAGAAGCUGGCCGUGGCUCCCAAGUGGAAGAAUUACGGCCUGAGAAUCUUUGGAUUCCUCCACCCUUACCGCGACGGCGAUUUCCAGUUCUCGGUGUCAUCUGACGAUAAUUCCGAGUUCUGGCUCAGUCCCGACGAAAGUCCUCUCAACGCCAGACUGCUGGUCUUUGUCGGACAGUUGGGCACCGAGUGGAGCGCUCCGGGCGAGUUCAACAAGUUCAGGUCCCAGUCCUCCAAGUCGGUCCACUUGAUGUCCUCCCGACGUUACUACUUUGAGCUUCUGCACAAGCAGGACGACAAGGGCUCGGAUCACGUGGAAGUCGGGUGGCGACCGUUCCUCCCCGGUUUGAAAUACGAAGUGAUCGACUCGGCCUACAUUUCGUUGUACACUGACGAAUCCAGCUUGAAGAUGAACAGCGUGGCUCACAUUCCUCAGACCUCGGCCAGCCACGUCGGCCCGCCGGGGGCGGAGGAAAGCGGGGCCCCGCGCCACGGGGCCGAUAUGCUCAAGCCGGACCCCAGGGACACCUUCUAUAGCACUCCCAUGAUCUCACCCUCCCGUCUGGCAAAUGUUCUGCCGGCUUGUCUAUACUCUCCCACCUACGUGGUGAAAGAUUUCCCCAUGGCCAGAUAUCAGGGCCUGCAGUUUGUUUACCUGCCGUUCGUCUACCCCAACGACUUCACCCGGCUGACGCACAUGGAGCGAGAGAACAAGUGUUUCUACAGGGAGUCCCCCAUCUACUUAGAGAAGUUUGGUUUCUACAAGUAUAUGAAGAUGGAUGACGAGGAGGAAGACGACAGACCCUUUUUCUUUCCCAACCCUGACGAUUUCCAGGAGGAAGAUGAAACUGAGGCGGACGAAGAGCAGGAACCGGUCGGCACGCACUCGCCCGAGGAGCUCCUCGACCUGGGUCGGGGGCCCUCCGGACCGGUGUCGUUGCCUGCCGGGGGAGAGGUCCGAGGGGAGGAUCCCAGGCACCGGGAAGAUGCCCCCUCGGAGAGCGAAAGCCGCGGAAAUCCUGGAAAAUCCAAAAGCGACUCGGAACGCCGCGCCUCUCCGGCGGCGCCUUUCCGGACAGAUGGCGCCGUCCCGGGUCGCUCAUUGUCCUGGAGCCACACGGGGCCCGCCGGGAAAUUAGGCGGCUCUCUUCUUUUUCCUAAAAUGCCCUCCGUUUCUUCUCUGGCCCGUCGGAUGCCGAACGAGAAGCGGGAGCCCAAAUUGGAAAACCGGAAAGAUCGGCCCGUGGGGAACAAAGUCUAUGUCACCAGGCCUCGCCCCGACAGGGCGCGCCAUCCGGAGAGGAGGCUUAGGGAGGAAGGUCCAUCUCGCCGCUCCAGAGAGAUUUUUCCCGGAGUCUUCUUCUACCAAAGCGGGAAGACCGCCAGACCGGCAGCCAAGAGUAGGCCGGGCCCUGUUCCGCCCGUAAAAGGGGCCGUGGGGUCGCCGGACAAUCGGAGCCUUGCCGAUGCAGGUGAAAUACGGACGAACAGAAGCCCCGGGACGGCCGCCCCCCGGAGGCCCGACUCCGCGGAACGGGUGCCCACCCCUUACCCGGGGACCGCCGAAACUCUGGAGUCGCGGCCGGACCCCGAGCCGGACGAGGGCGAGAUGUCGGACUACGGCUACGAGGAGACGGAGCCGCGGCCGGGGUGGGCCGAGGAGAAUGUGGACUGGCGCCGGACCUUCUCCGUCAACCCCGUGGACUUUGAGCUCCUGCGCUCCGACUGGAACGACCUGCGCUGCAACGUCUCCGGGAACCUUCAGCUGGCCGAGAGCGAGGUGGUGGACGUGCUGGCUCAGUACAUGGAGAAGCUCAACCGACGCAACGGCGGGAUUUACACCCUGCUGCGAAUCGUCAACGUGGAGAAGCGGCGAGACUCGGCCAGAGGGAACCGCUACCUAGUGGAACUGGAGCUGAUGGAGAGAGGCCGCAGCGUGGUGCGACUGUCAGAAUACAUCUACGUGCUACUCAGGCGGGGCGGGGCUGCGGACCCGAGCGCCCCGGCACCGGCCUCGGGCCCGCCCCUCGCCGGGCCCCCCUCGCCCACGGACCUCGGCGCCGCCUACGCCGAGCCGCUGCUCUGCCAGCCUGUCACGCUGCGCUGGAGGAACGACGUCAUGGUGCACUUUGUGGUGCCGGUAAAGAACCAAGCUCGCUGGGUGCAACAGUUCAUCUGGGACAUGGAACAUCUCCACCGUAAAACCGAGGACGACAAUUUCAGCGUUAUCAUCGUGGACUUUGAGAGCGAAGACAUGGAUGUGGAGCAGGCGCUUCGGGAAAGCGCUCUUCCUAGAUACGAGUACCUGAGGCGAGAAGGCAACUUUGAGCGCUCGGCCGGACUCCAGAUGGGCGUAGAUACCAUCGAGGAUAGCCACAGCGUGAUCUUCCUGUGCGACCUCCACAUUCAUUUCCCUCCCAACAUCUUGGAGAGCAUCCGCAAGCACUGCGUGGAAGGACGCUUGGCGUUCGCGCCCAUCGUCAUGAGACUCGGCUGCGGGAGUUCGCCGAAGGAGCCCGACGGUUUUUGGGAGGUCAACGGCUUCGGGCUUUUCGGAAUCUACAAGUCAGACUUUGAUCAGAUCGGCGGGAUGAACACUGAAGAAUUUAAAGACCGCUGGGGCGGAGAAGACUGGGAGCUCCUAGACAGGGUAUUGCAGAACGGUUUGGAAGUGGAGCGGCUCCGCCUGAGGAACUUUUUUCACUACUACCACUCCAAACGGGGCAUGUGGAAUGCCCAAAAGGGGAAAAGUAUCAAGGGAUGA